UGUAUUAUGUAUUUUGGCAAUCAAUUGAUCUUGCGUUUGCUAUUUGCUGUUAUUAUUUUUCAUUUCUUCUUUAAUUUGUUUGGGUAUUUUGUUCUCUUCAUUUUUAUGAAACAUUUGCAUCAUCUUACAGCUUUCUCUUCAGUUUUCCCCCUUGUGGCUCGUUUUCUGGAGAGGAGCUUUUGUUAGCUUUUAUUGUUCUUUCAAUUGGGAUGUUACGGGAAGGAUUGUGUUAGGCUCUUAAUGUGAGAUAUAAGGUUGAUGAGUCAUGAAUUCGGAGGUUCUAACUUGAUCUAAUUUAUUUUGAGAGUAGACGCGCAAGUUCAGUCGUGUGAGAGUUGUGAUCGACAUUUUAUAGUACCUUUGUGAUCUCAAAUUAACGUUGUAAUUUUUAUUAAGAAUUAGUCAAUGGUAUUGAAGCUUUGAGAGAGGCGGGUAGAAUUAGGAAUCAACCACAACCACUGAAAUUCAAUGCUGAAAAUUUAGUAAAUUAAGCGUGAAAAGCUAUUAUGAAAAUAAUAGAUCUGAAAAUCCUUGGUGGUUGCUCAAGUCGGGUGGCAGUGGGGUGUUGGUUGCUUUGAGAAGUGGUGGAGUGGCUUUGAUGGGAUGUGAUAGUAGUAAUGAUUGGUGGUGGUGUCGAAGUUCUAGUGUGGAAAUUGAGGUAAAAGGGUCAAGGUGAAAGGACAACGUAAACAGCUGGUGAUGCUGAACAUGGAAUUGAUCAUGAUGGAUGAAUAGCAUAUAUUAUCUUGGAAUGUUGAAAUUAUACAUUGCAUUUGAAGUGUUUUUCCUACCUGCACCUUUUGUUUGUUGAUUCGUUCUUUUCUGACAUGAUUACAUUUUUUCCCUUCAUUAUGAUCAAUUUGAAGGGAAAUCUGCUUGAAAACAUAUUGGUAAGAUGGAUGCUGAUGGAUAUGUUGUUGAAGUUACAAGCCUAUCCCCAAAAGCCACAGAGAAGGAUGUCUAUGAUUUUUUUGCUUUCUCUGGUGUAAUUCAGCAUGUUGAAAUUGUGAGGUCUGGUGAUGAUGCCUGCACUGCUUAUGUGACAUUCAAAGAUGCAUAUUCUCAAGAAACUGCUUGCUUGCUCAGUGGUGCUACUAUUUUAGAUCAACGUGUGUGCAUAACACACUGGGGGCAGUAUAGAGAUGAACAUGACUUUUGGAGCAGCCCUUCCUAUAGGGGAGCUGAGGAAACUACUUCAACUCAACAUCAAAGCAGCCAUUUUGUGUCCUCCGCUGGAGAAGCAGUUACUGUGGCACAAGAAGUCGUUAAGACCAUGCUAGCAAAGGGAUAUGUUCUUGGAAAGGACGCUUUGGCAAAUGCCAAAGCAUUUGAUGAGUCUCACCACGUUUCAGCAACUGCCUCAGCAAAGGUUGCUGAGCUGAACCAGAAAAUUGGCCUCACUGAGAAAAUAUCUGCCGGGGUUGAUGCUGUUAAGUCUGUGGAUCAGAAAUAUCAUGUCUCAGAAACAGCCAUGUCAGCUGCAUCAGCCACAGGAAGAUCAGUUGCAGCAGCUGCAAAUACUGUGGUAAAUAGCAGCUAUUUUUCAAAGGGAGCCUUGUGGGUUUCAGGUGUUUUAUCCCGAGCCGCAGAUGCAGCGGCUGAUCUGGGUAGCGGCGGUGGUGGUAGGCAGUGAGUCAUUGGGUCAUUCAAUCCAAAUUCUUGUUUAUACGUCUGCUGCACUGCGGAAUAGGUUUGUCAAUACAUUUAUAGGGUUAUUUUAUAUCAAUAGUGUUCUCAGUUGUUGUAUGUGAGGAUUUCUUCAGGAUAUGAAUUAAGAGGAUAAUAGUUAAUACAACAAA